AUUAAAAAGGGAAGUGGAAAAGAGAGUUUAACUCGAACUUAAAAAGCAAUUGAAUGUGAUGUUUUAUGCGCAGCAGAUGGAAUGUACAUAUGGGCUACCACCACUCCAUACAUGAAUCGAUUUUCCCAGGGAUAUUUGGACUACGAACUCUCAGAAUGGAAACUGAAACUGGCAAUACUGGUCGUCACUUUCGUGACUGGGGCACUGAGCAUGGGGCUGAAUGGGUACAUAGUGGCUAUCUUCGCCAUCUCUUCCCACUUUCGCAAACUGGAGUACUACCCUCUGGCACUCAACUGUCUCGUCGACAUGUUCGGAGCCGGAAUAGUUGCCAUAGUCGCAGAGUACAUGGAUUCGACGUAUUCGUUCAACUAUGACAAGGGGGAUUGGGCUUUCGAUGGACCCCUGCUGCGCGUGAUCAGAAAGACUUAUGUGAAGGACUACCGAGUGAGCUGUCUCUUAACCCACCUUCGGUUUCUGUUCACACAGUACGCAAACCCACCCUGUCUGCUCCUGCUUGCUAUCGACAGGUACGUUGCCGUGUGUUGGGCCACCCGUGCCAAACAGAUCAUGACUAAGACAGUGCGAGUGGUCUCUUGCUCUCUCGUCACCCUCCUGAUCCUCGCGAUCUUCGUGGCCGCACCUGCGCGAACACUGCACAAGUACUAUAGCCAGAAUGGGUAUCUGGAUUGUGAUUCGAUGAUGUACAAAGAUCCUAAAGUGCGGUCACUCGUAGACGGAAUUGUGUUCUAUCUUGCACCCGCUGUACUCUGUCUAGUUCUCUAUGGACGAACAGGUUACGUGUUAAUGCAAUCGAAGGGUAGCAAGCAGAUUCGCAAUCGGAACCUAACUGUCGCUUUCAUCCUGUCGAAUGUAUUCUGGAUAGUGUGCUAUAUACCCCAACAUGUGCUGACUCUCUACGGAAACCACAUCAUCGACUCCAACAGAGAUCUGCUGAAACAGUCCAAGGCAUACUACAUCGGCAGUGAUCUCAGACAUAUCAGCUACCUGGCCCAUUCUUACGUCAGUCCUCUCUUGAUUCUCUUCAUAUCCAGACGGUUCCAGGAACCCUUUCGGAGAUGGUGGAGUCGCAAAGUUCUCCCGACACUACUCGGCAGGAAAUCCCGAGGGGAUGUUGUCAAGACUCAAUCGCAGACUAACCCCGCGUCGUACACGGAUACCAAUCAGACAACCAAGUCCUCCGAGGAACACCGACGUCCUCUUCAAAAAUCGUCUAUGAAUGAUAAUUAGAUGCCUCGAGUUUCUUGAACCUGAUAACUUUUCUAACUCUCUCAUUCCUGAAAACCCCAAAAAUACUUACUUGUCAUCUAACAAAUUUACA